AUGCGGAGAGGGGUAAAUUCAGGCUGGGAAACUCUUAUAUUUGAGUGUAAUGGGUUUGGAAUUGAAUACAACUGGACAGAAAAUAUUACGUACAGUGACGUCUAUAACAGGUUUUUCAAAGAGAGCAGAUUAAUCAGCUCAUAUUUUAAAAUCUUUCAGAUCCUGUCUAAUAUCUUCUACAGCAUCACUUUUGUUUUGGGAAUUCCAGGGAACGGCUUAGUUAUCUGGAUUGCUGGAUACAAGAUGAAGAAAGCCAGCGCUGUAUGGUUCCUCCAUCUGGCCAUAGCUGAUUUCAUAUGUUGUGCAUCUCUUCCUUUGAAACUUGGAGAAUGGGCUUUGUAUAUAGAUAAUUAUGUUUUCCAGAGAGUAUGCAAAAUCAGUACCGUUUUACUGUAUAUAAACGUGUGUGCUAGUGUUAAUUUUCUGGUCGCCAUAAGUAUUGAUCGCUGUGCAUCGAUAAUGUGGCCAAUUUGGUCUAAGAUUCAUAGAACACCAAACCGUGUCCGCACAAUUUCAGUAAUAAUUUGGGUUUUGAGUCUAAUGUUAAGUGCUCUUCAUGGUGCAUCAUAUGUUGACAAUAUUGAUAUUUCUGAGUGUAUAGGAAAAUGUUUUUUUCCAGCUCAUGGAAAGGAGAAGAAAAUCAUCAGAUUUGUCACAAUGUUUAUGCUUCCUUUCACCAUUAUUCUGUUGUGUUAUGGUGUCAUCCUUUCUAAACUUAAAAAUGUUAAAAGACCAAAAAAAUCUCAGCGAUCGCACAGGAUUAUCAUUGCAGUUCUGACAUGUUUCUUUAUCUGCUGGUUUCCAUAUUACACUUGGCCAUUAAUACCAACAAAUUACAUGCCAUGGCACAUAGAUAAUACAAUAAAUAUUAUUUGUGUAUGCCUGGCUUAUUUCAACAGUUGCAUUAAUCCCAUCCUCUAUGUCUUCAUAGGCCAGGACUUUAAAGAGUCUUUUAUAAAAUCAAUACCUUCCAGGCUGGAAAGUGCUCUAAAUAAGAUCUCUACUUAAGGGCCCUACGCACAUAGUGACCCACCGCCGAGCUGCCCGACAGCCGAUACGGCAGAUGGGCGACCCGGCGGUGGGCGGGAGAUGACGGGGGGAGUGAAGUUUCUUCACUCCCCCGUCACCCGGCUCCAUAGCAAUGCAUGCUAAUAUGGAUGAGAUUGUCCAUAUUGGCUUGCAUGUUUAAACGAGCUGGCACC